GCUGCUGGCUGCGUUGAGAAUAUUUUAUUUCCUACUAUCACUUACAUAAGGACCCAUACACCUCGACCCCUAACCAUGCGACGCAUCUUUUAUUCCCUCCCUUGGGCCGCCAUCGCCUGGGGUGGAACCCCUCCCCAGCCACAGCUACGGGUGCUUACACGCGAUGUAUGUAUCAUCGGCGGAGGAGCAGCGGGGUCAUAUGCUGCCGUGCGACUGCAGGAGGCGAACCAGAACGGACCACUUUCUCACGUCGUUGGGUGUCCCGUUCAAUCGAGGAUAUCUCUUCAGCUCUAACGUUACCCGGUUCGACUUUCGUACUGGGAAGGCCGUACCAUCUCUGGGAAACUCGACGGAGGGCCUCACCAACUGGGCGACGUUCUUGACGCAGCAUCCAUACUUGCGGGUCGGGAUCGACCUGCCCCACCCUGUUCCCGAAGAGCUGCUGUUGCCGUUCGGCGAGUUCCUCGAGAAAUACAAAAUCGGCGCGGCAGCGGAGUUCGUCAGUCUCAACAACCAGGGCAUGGGCGACUGGCUGCGUUACCCGGCCCUCUACCACCUGAAAUACUUCAGUCUCGAGACUCUGAUGGGCUAUGCGCAGCAGAAGUUUAUUUUUAUUGCGAAUCGCAACACGAGCUCCGUGUAUAGCGCAGCAGCAGCCAAGAUUGGGUCAGAAAAUAUUCUGUACAGCGGCCGAGUGGUCCAAACCACCCGUGCUAGAGACGGAGACGAUACGCCCCAUACGCUCGUUGUGGAGACCCCCCAGGGACCCGUGGUGGUGGUGGCGAAGAGUCUUCUGCUAGCCAUGCCUCCAACUGAGUCAAACACGAAGGCGUUGGCCCUGGAGCCCAACGAACAGCAACUUGUGAAACAGUGGAAACAUUCCUACUACUAUGCGGGGGUCGUGAGAGUUACCGGACUCCCAGAGGAUGUGGUUAUCUACAACCGAGGCUUGAACACUCCGUUCUCCCUGCCCCCCCAUCCCUGCCUCUACGUCAUAAAUCCCGUAGGGGUUCCCGGGCUACGACAGGUAGUGUACGGGAGUGACUCCCCGCUGAGCGAGGGAGACGUCAAGGCGGCCAUUGCAAGGGAUAUUGUCGGGCUCCGUCGAGCGGGCUAUACCGAAGUCAGAGCACCCCAAUUCCUGAGUUUUACCGAUCACAGUCCCUACUCACUAUCCGUGGAGCCUGAGGCAAUCCGUGACGGGUAUUACCGCCAGUGGAACUCGGUCCAAGGUCACCGUAAUACAUGGUGGGUAGGCUCAGCCAUGGAGUGCCCCAACUCGGGGGCAAACUGGAGGUUUGUUGACAAGAUUUUGGCACUGAUUGGGAAGACGUGAUCAACGAUAAAUGUUACUCAGGGUCGAUUAAUGCGAUCGUGGGAGCGAGUCAUUACCGCGUAUCUUGGAUUUCAUCUACGGAGGGAUAUCACUGGUGGCAGUAUGUGAUGUCGUUGGACGGACUGGAAUAAAUAUCCUCAGGAAUGCCAUUCACUAU